GCCUCUGAAUUCUGACCCACCACCAUGCCGCCCUUUCCUUCCGAUCCAAACUUCCAAUUCCGAUCCCACCAACCAUACCAAUCCAGGCCCUACUCCCGAUCGUCAACUGCUCCUAUAGCCAUCGCUCCCCAACCCCCAAAUCCAAUCCGCGUCUCCUCUCCGCUUCAUCAUCGCUACUCUCCAGUUCAUUGCCGUCGCCGCUCGACUCGGGGGUUUUUGGAGCCCAGUUUGAGCGGCGUUGGUGGAGUCGGCCCGCGCGUAUUUGGAGGCACUAACAUAACCAUGAAGUCUUUUAUACUUGGAUGACAAAAGGAUUGUUGGAUCUCACAUACUUGUUUUAGAAAGAGAUGAACGUUGGUGGUCUCCUGACCUCCGCUGGAAUUAACAUUGGUCUCUGUGUACUUUUUUUGUCACUGUAUUCCAUUCUAAGGAAGCAGCCACAGAAUGUUAAGGUCUAUUUUGGGAGAAGGAUUGCUGAGGAGCACAACCGGCUCCGUGAGGCUUUUAUCUUGGAGAGAUUUGUUCCAUCCACUAGCUGGAUUGUGAAAAGUCUGCGGUGCACAGAGGAUGAAAUCUUAGCUACUGCUGGGUUGGAUGCUGUUGUUUUCAAUAGAAUUCUAGUAUUUAGCAUGCGCAUCUUCUCCUUAGCUGCCAUUCUUUGUGUAUUCGGAGUCCUUCCACUGAAUUAUUUUGGACAAGAUAUGCAUCAUGUACGGAUUCCUAAAGCAUCAUUAGAGACGUUUACAAUAGGAAAUGUGCAAGAGAGAUCAAGAUGGCUCUGGGUCCAUUGCGUUGUACUGUACAUCAUAUCUGCAGUAGCUAGCCUUCUUCUAUACUUGGAGUACAAGCAUAUUGCUAGGCUGAGGUUAUGUCAUGUUUCUCGAGCAACAAGCAAUCCUAGCCAUUUUAGUGUCCUUGUUCGCGGAAUACCGAAAUCAAGUGAAGAAUCAUUCAGCAGCACUGUUGAGAGUUUCUUUACCAAGUAUCAUGCAUCAAGUUACCUAUCUCAUCAAGUUGUUUACAAAGUUGGAAAACUUCAGAAGAUAGUGUCUAGUGCAAAGAAGGCUUACAGGAAGUCCAAACAUUUCAAGGCUACCACAGUUGAUCAGAGAUGCAAAUCAGUUACAUAUCGAUGUUGUUUUUGUGGAGCGUCUUCUAAUUCGUUCCAGUUGUUGCCCAUUGAAUUUGAGCAAGAGGGCGAAAAGCCUGAUGAAUGUGGUUCUGCUUUUGUAUUUUUCAAAACUCGGUAUGCAGCAUUAAUUGUAGCAGAAGUUCUUCAGACAUCCAACCCUAUGAGAUGGGUCACUAGUCUGGCUCCAGAACGUGAUGACAUAUAUUGGUCUAAUCUUUGGUUACCAUACAAGCAACUCUGGAUUCGCCACAUAGCUACACUUCUGGGAUCUAUUGUUUUUAUGUUCGUAUUUCUUAUACCGGUGACAUUUAUACAAGGUUUAACUCAGCUGGAGCAGCUGCAGCAAAGGCUCCCUUUCUUGAGAGGGAUAUUAAAAAAGAAAUACAUGACCCAGCUAAUAACUGGAUACCUUCCCAGUGUCAUCUUGCAAAUAUUUUUAUAUACUGUUCCCCCAACCAUGAUGCUUUUUUCUACUUUAGAGGGACCUAUUUCUCACAGUGAAAGGAAGAGAAGUGCCUGCUGUAAAGUAUUAUACUUCACCAUUUGGAAUGUCUUCUUUGUCAAUGUCUUAUCAGGUUCAGCAAUUAGCCAGCUGAAUGCUUUAUCGAGCCCAAAGGACAUUCCUAUGCAGCUUGCUAGAGCAGUACCUGUACAGGCUACCUUCUUUACCACCUAUGUUCUGACUUCAGGAUGGGCUAGUCUAUCAUCAGAACUUAUGCAACUCUUUGGUCUCACAUGGAACUUUAUAAGAAGAUAUAUUCUGAGAAUGAAAGAAGAUAGUGAUUUUGUUUUCUCAUUUCCCUAUCACACUGAAGUGCCAAAAGUUCUGUUGUUUGGACUAUUGGGCUUCACAUGCUCUGUACUAGCACCUCUAAUCUUGCCCUUUUUACUGCUGUACUUCUUUCUCAGCUACGUCGUGUAUCGCAACCAGUUCCUCAAUGUUUACUGCACAAAAUACGACACAGGCGGUCUAUAUUGGCCAAUUGCGCACAAUACAACAAUAUUCUCUAUAGUCCUCACCCAGAUCAUAUGUCUUGGUGUAUUUGGCCUGAAAGAAUCCCCAGUGGCUGCGGGCUUCACUGUACCUCUUAUCAUCUUUACUCUUUUAUUCAACCAGUAUUGCAGAAAGCGUCUUCUCCCAUUAUUCAAGACUGUCCCUGCACAGAAUUUAAUUGACAUGGACACGGAAGAUCAGCAAGCGGGGAGAAUGGAGGACCUUCACCAACGCCUUCAUUCUGCUUACUUUCAAUCUCCUGACACUGAUGACAUACCUUUGGAAGGAGUUCACACUGUUGGUAGAAAUGCAGAUGGAAGUGGCACUUCAGGUGAAUCUAGCAGCAAAGAAAGCGCUGAUGAAGCCAGAAGUGACCUAUCUCACCCAACACUGGAUGGACUCCCUGUUAGUCAGCUACGUAAUGCAGUGAGAUCGCUUACUUUCAUCAUGAGAUUGCAGAAGAGAGGCUUAUCGGAAUAGCCCGUUAUGCAAAUAUACAGUCGAUAAACCACAGGUUAUAUGCAUAGCACGUACAGGGGAAGAUACACAGAAAUGGAAGCGAGCAUCGCCCGUUUGCAAGGGUAGAAAUUUUGAUGUGUCAAGUGAUGCUUGAAUGACAUUUCAGGUCAUUCUUUUUCUGUUAUACUACUAGAAGAAACUUAUUAUUCUUUUGAUUGAUUCUUCAAAAAUCAAGCCUGCCGUCUCUGGUUAUGUCCUCCACUGCUCGUGUAAAGUAGUGUUCUCCUUUUGCGUUCAGCUUCUUCAGCUCUGUGCCUAGUUUUGUAUUGGCUGUUUGGUGACAGCCCUGGGUAGCAGUAGGCUGCUGUUUACCAGAUCUGUAUUUGUUGCUGCACGAUAUUCUCAGAUCAACUUCAAGGCCUCUGGCAGUUUGGUCAUGAAGAACCUGUGGGAUUAUAUUUUG